AUGAAUAAUAUAUUUUUAUUAAAUGAUUCUAUUACUAAUGGAUUUAGAAUAGAAUUUGUAGAUAUUAUUUAUUUAGUAUCUAUUUUAUUAGGUAUACUUACUAUAAGUUGUAGAAAUCCUGUAGUAUCUGUUUUAUUUUUAAUAGGUUUGUUUGUUAAUGUUGCAGGUUUAUUAAUUUUAGUAGGAUAUAAUUUUAUAGGAUUAGCUUAUAUAUUAGUUUAUGUAGGUGCUGUUUCUAUUUUAUUUUUAUUUAUUUUAAUGUUAAUUAACAUUAGAGUUUCUGAAUUAUUUCAUGAGACUAAUAAUGAUUUACCUUUAGCUGGUUUAACUAUUAUUAUUUUUUAUUAUAUAAUGGCACAGGUAUUACCUAUAAAUUUUACAGAAAAUAGUAUUGUUUCUUAUUUAUCUAAUUCAUACUCUGAUAUAUAUAAUGUACAAUUAGAUAAUGAAUUGUUUAAUAUAGUUGAUUUAAAACAACAAAUUAGUUAUGCUAGUAGUAAAGGUUGAGAUAAUUCACUAAUAGAACCUACACAUAUAGCUAGUAUAGGUAAUAUUAUGUAUACUAGUUAUUCUAUGUGAUUAAUUGUUACUUCUAUUAUUUUACUAUUAGGUAUGGUAGGUGCUAUAGUUAUCACAAUAAAACAAAAAUAG